CGCCGAUUCCAUGAGUGUGCUCACGCUAAUGUUGUUCAUGACAACACACAUUAACUUUACAACUACAGUUUUCAGGAUCCUUUGACGCGGUGACUUGUUCACCCAAGCAACUAGGCCUAUUCGUUGAUGGAAUAAGUGUAUAUUGGAAUACUGGAAAACUAUUCGUACCUUGUUAGUGAGUGUAGAUUGACCUAGCGCGCAGUAGUUUUGGAUAUCAUGGCUGUUGAUAAUCAGACUGUUGUGUACAUUUCAGAACAGAUAGUUAUUUUGAUUUCGUGUGCCCUGUCUUUUUUGGGCUCUUUACUUAUUAUCUUUACGUACAUCAUUUGGCCAGAUUUGAGGACAACGCCGAGAACACUUCUGGUCUACUUGUCAGUGGCUGACUUGUUGUCUGCGGGCUCGUACGCAUACGGAGUUUGGAGUGUCUUUGAAUCAAACUCUGUGGAUUGCGUCGUUCAAGGAGCGAUAUCUACUUUCUCCAACACCAGUUCGUUUUUCUGGACUGUCGCUAUCGCUAUAUACCUGUACAUUUUAAUCGUCAAGUCGAAUCAAAGACAAGCUGACAGCUUCGUGUUAUGUUUUCACGUUAUCAGCUGGGGCAUCCCUCUAGGUAUCACAGUAGCAGCUCUGGCUCUGGGCCGUAUUGGCUACGAUGCAUCGGAGGUGUCUGUGGGCUGGUGCUGGGUGAGGAUCCAGGCUCCAGACCAUGUUUUGUGGAUGCUGCUCACUGGGAAGAUAUGGGAGUUCCUGGCCUAUCUCACCCUCCCCGUCCUCUACGUCCUCAUCAAGAAGCACAUCCACAGAGCGCAUGCGGCUCUGUCUGAGUACCGGCCCAUCCUGGCCUGCAGUCCUCUGUCCCAGUCCCUUUCCAAUAUGGCCGAUAGGAAGUUGACCCUAAUCCCCAUCAUCUUCAUCGCCCUGCGUAUCUGGAGUACCGUGCGUUUCCUGCUGAUGCUGGCUGACUCGCCCGCCAGGCAGAACCCUGUGCUCGUCACGCUACAUGGCAUUGGGAACACCUUCCAGGGAGCUGCAAACUGUAUCAUGUUUGUCCUGUUCACCCAGCCAAUCCGCUCCCGUCUCUCCACCAUGCUCUGCUGCUGCUCCUGCAGGGUCAGGUCUGGGGCCUCCCUCAUACCCUCCAACACACCCAACCACAGUGGUUUGGGCCUGGAUGUGGAGACCCCCUCACAACCAGAGGACACCCCGAAUACCAGCUCUCGUGGCUGGCCGGACGGCUGCUGACCCUGGAUCUGAAUGGCUAGACGGAGCACGCUCGCACCCUGACUGGCUUUCUGAGACACUUUUCACACUACUGAGCCGAGCUGUACUUCGCUGGCCACAUCCUCUGCUAUAGAUGCCUGGUGCUGUGUGAAAGCAGAGCAUCAGAGCUAGCACCGACGUUGAGUUGGGGGGUUGGAAACAAGCCUCCAUACUGCAGUCCACUCAUUAAUGCAAGUGGGGGGGGGGGGGGGUUGCAAAUUCUGCAGACAUGUGCACGUUGUACGGCCUCUCCUGACAGGCCACACAUUCAACAUGCACUUUAGGUGAUGCGUGUUUAAUGCUUUGAUUAUCCUCAUGUCGUUUUUGUUGGAAGAGAUUACUUGCUGUGCUCAGUGACUAGCAUUGGACCAUCCAUAAGGAUGAACAUUAAGGUCAUUCUAGCGGUGAAGUUGUACAUAGGGGCUCUGGUCUAUAGUAGUGCACUAUAUAGGGAAUAGGGCUCUGGUCUAUAGUAGUGCACUAUAUAGGGAAUAGGGCUCUGGUCUAUAGUAGUGCACUAUAUAGGGAAUAGGGCUCUGGUCUAUAGUAGUGCACUAUAUAGGGAAUAGGGCUCUGGUCUAUAGUAGUGCACUAUAUAGGGAAUAGGGCUCUGGUCUAUAGUAGUGCACUAUAUAGGGAAUAGGGCUCUGGUCUAUAGUAGUGCACUAUAUAGGGAAUAGGGCUCUGGUCUAUAGUAGUGCACUAUAUAGGAAAUAGGGCUCUGGUCUAUAGUAGUACCACUAUAUAGGGAAUAGGGCUCUGGUCUAUAGUAGUACCACUAUAUAGGGAAUAGGGUGCCAUUUGGGAAGCACAUGUGGAUGUAUUUUUUAAAGUUUUUUUUCCCCCCAAGGCAACAUUUUAUGUUCUAACAUAUCGGUGUCUUCCUAUUCUUGUAUUAGAGAAACAGACAGUGCAAUUUAAUAGUGUUAUUUUUAUACCAGGUUAUCGUUGAGUUUAUAGCAUUGUUUAACAAUGUACUUUUGUAUAUCAAAUUAAUUUUGCAUCUAUACUGUUUUUGUAAAUGGCACCAUAUCAUUACUACCAAUGACGUUUACAAAAGCCCACAACCUACUGAAAGAUGGCGUCGAAUUUGGCUGUACGAAGAGUCUACGUUCUGAAAAGGGCUCUCGCUCAACAUAGUAUAUUGGUAAAGGUGUGAAGGUAAAGGGGUGAAGGUGUGAAGUUAAAGGUGUGAAGGUGAAGGUAAAGGUGUAAAGAUGAAGGUGAAGGGGUGAAGGUGUGAAGUUAAAGGUGUGAAGGUGAAGGUAAAGGUGUAAAGAUGAAGGUGAAGGGGUGAAGGUGUGAAGGUAAAGGUGUGAAGGUGAAGGUAAAGGUGUGAAGGUGAAGGUAAAGGUGUAAAGGUGAAGGUAAAGGGGUGAAGGUGUGACUGUAAAGGUGUGAAGGUGAAGGUAAAGGUGUGAAGGUGAAGGUAAAGGUGUAAAGGUGAAGGUGUGAAGGUAAAGGGGUGAAGGUGUGAAGGUAAAGGUGUGCCUUAUCAAUAGCUGUCUACUUUGCCUACUCUUUCUACUUCUUUAGUUUUUUUUUAACUGACGUUUUUGAAAUGUAAAUCAUAAUAAAGACUGAUCUCUGAGCUA